AUGAUCACCGGAGUCUCCUCUGGGAACGAUGUGUCCUUGCUGCCAGGACAGCCAGACUUGGUGUGUGUGUGUGUGUGACAGAGGCGCUACAGUAGCUUCUUCUCUGUGAUGGGUAUGUAUGCUUGUAGCUACUCUUCAAGGCUGAUUCAUUUUGAUACAAUAGAAGUAGCAGCUUUCACAACCAUUUAAGCAUUUGUUUGCCUUCCUCUUUCUCCUGGUGGUUAGGUGAUUACAUUGAAGAUCAUGGUGAAAUAGGCCCUCUCUUUUCUUUCUGUAUCCCUCUCUCUGCUUUUGAGGGGAGCCAAAAAUAACAACAGAUCUCUAGUAGUCUGGUUAUUCAUAUCUACCAAUCUAUGGCAAUUAAAAACCCUGCUUCCCAUUUAAAAAAAUCUCCACCUUAAAGUUCCAGUUCCAGUAGUGAGCACCCAUACAGCCACUCUCUUGUCCUGGACAAUAGGCUCAUCAGAACCCACGUGCUGUAGAUUGUUCUCUGUGGAUUCAGCUCUGUAUCUGCUGGGUUGCACUGUGGUCUUUCAAACAUCACCUGUUUGGAGUGAGUGAAUGCCCUAUUGUGGAAUUCCUGGCUGGGAAUGCAGUCGCUGUGUGUAACUAGCGAACUACCUCCAUCACUGUCAGCUCACUAACUAGCCUUAUUGAGCCACCAGGUAGUGACACAGCUGCCACUGAUAUUUGACAUGCCUAACGAGUCAACAGCUGUCUAACAGUAAACGCAAUGCUGUGUUUCCACCCUGUAGACCUAGGAGCCAAGGUUGCAAAGUCAACUGUGGUCAAUGCAGGGCACUUCAGCAAUGGGAAAAUUCACAUACUUAGUCGUUGCGUUGCGUGCUAGUCAAACAUCAGAGAAUUCAGGGAGGGAUUGCAAAGAGUUUCUGAGUGUUUCCCGUCCUCUAUUUGUUUGAGAUCCCACCCCUAUAAAAUGGCACAACUCAACUGUUAAUCUCUAGGGCACGACAGGGCGGUCAGAACAUGUAUUUUUCAAUAAAACCCUGUAGGGCUGUCUCAGACCCAAAAAAAAAUAAAUGUGUCGAUUGAGAGUCAGUUGUCUGUUCUUUCGACCAAUUGAUUGUUCGACAUUUUCAAACGUAUAUUUUUCCAUAUAGACACACCCUAUGUUUGAAUAAAAUCAACUAUAUGUAGGCUACUGAGCUUGUCUGAUGCUUUAACCACUGCGAUUAAAAAUGAAGACACACAAAUUUAAAAACAGACUUUGUUGAUUUGCUGUUUGAGAAGCUCCACAGUGAUGGUGAGUUAAGACAAUCAGAAAUAGUAUCAGAUCCCCAAAUGGGCACACUUACUGUACAGUAUAGGCCUACAUUUGCACUCAGGCCAGGUAGACUAGUCCUACUUCUAUAUAUGUAAUUAGGUGUGUGUCCUUACUCAAGAUUGACAGGAGCGCUCCAAAUAAAAGACAAUUAAUAAAUUGACAUCUCAUAAAUGGAAUGAAAUAAACCAAAACUUGUGUAGCCUAGGUUGUGUGCUCUGCAAACAACGUGUCCAGUCUUACAAUGACAAUGGUAAGACUGUAAUAAUAAUAAUAAUAAUAAUAAUAAUAAUAAUAAUAAUAUAUUGAAUGCAUUAACAGAAAUUACCGUCACCAAACAAGCAUUGUAGAUUAGAAAUGAUGGGAAUUAACAGUAAAUGUAAUACUGGUGUGUCUCCGCAAUGGAUUAGUCCACUCAGACAGGCGUGAAUCAGACAGGUGUCUCGUGUGGCAUAAUAAAAAAAUAUAUAUAUAUUUGCCACUGCUCGACCAAAAAAAUCUUGAUCGACCAAACAAUCGACAAUUCGACUAAAUGGGGUCAGCCCUAAAACCCUGUCCUUUAAUGAAUGGUCCACUUAAUGAUUUCCCCUCCUCCUCUCCCCCCCUCUCCUCUCUCUGGCAUUCUGUCAUUUUCACCCUCUCUGUGCUCAGGUCUCAGGCCCCCAGGUUAGGAGGUUGGAGGGGCUGCUCUGGCACCCCAAUGGUGGAACAAGCUCCCUCACGACGCCAGGACAGCGGAGUCACUCACCACCUUCCGGAGACAUUUGAAACCCCACCUCUUUAAAGAAUACCUGGGAUAGGAUAAAGUAAUCCUUCCACCCCCCCCCCCCCCCCCCCCCCCCCCUAAAAAAAUAAAAUAAAAAAAAGUGUCAAGUGGUUAUCCCACUGGCUAUAGGGUGAAUGCACCAAUUUGUAAGUCGCUCUGGAUAAGAGCGUCUGUUAAAUGACGUAAAUGUGCCCUUGAGCAAGGCACUUAACCCUAAUUGCUCCUGUAAGUCGCUCUGGAUAAGAGCGUCUGCUAAAUGACUAAAAUGUAAAAUGUUGUUGGGGGGACACUCAGAAAAACACUUCUGUUUUCUGUUGGUGGAGCUGAGAGAUUGGGCUGGGUUUGUUGUUGGCACGACAACAACCGGCGGAAUGUUUGGAGUCAGUUGCCAAGCAAUGCGGCGGGUUUUGAUUUACGAUGACGUCUUCCCACUGGCAGCGUUUUGCAAUUAGUGAUGUCGUUGAGUGGGGUGGGGAGUGCAGCAUGGUGGUAUUAUUAUGACGUUUCGCAUUUAUUUAUCUUUCUGGGACUCGUUCCUUCCACAGUUUCUCUCUCUCUGGACACCAGAAUCUCUUAGUGAUACAUUUGUUUCCUCUCAUCUGUUUCAUUUGACCCUUUCCUUAUUUUGUCUGUUUCUUCUCCCACUAGCACUUUCAUCAUAUUGCCAUAUCUUCUCCUUGUCUUUCUUUCUCUUCCUCCCACCUUUCACUCUCCCUCUCCCCUUUCUCCCUCGCCCUUUCCCGUCCCUCUGUCUGUGUCUGUGGAGCACUGCAGUUUCUGUCUCUGUCUGCCUCUGUCUCCAUCUCUCUCUCUCCCCCCUUUCUCUCUCUCUCUCCUCCUCUGUCUGUGUCUCUGGAGUACUGCUGAUCUUAAUGCCGUGAGUGUGGACAGGCCAUGUUAAUGACUAGAGGGGAUGACAGAGCUUUAGGGAGUAGUUCUGAUUGGAUACAGGGACAGAAUGAGUGGUUUGUUUCACAAAGGGCUGCUUUUAAUUCCUGGAUUCAGGUCAGGAGUAGGGCAGGCAGGCAGCUAUUGUACAAGAAUACACUGAUCUUUGGAACAAACACACGCAAACACUGGCCUGUGUAUUACGUUGAUGGAAAACCAAAUGCCGGUUGCUGUGGAUUCAUGAUCAGAUCAGUACAGAUGUCUGUGAAUGCUUAGUUUGAUGGCACCGACUAAGCUUGUGUUUGGUUUGGGAAUGUCUUAGCGGAGCUGACGUCAGUGCUCUUUCAAGUAAAUUAUGUUCACAAAACCGUCUCGCUCUCCCGACCACACACACACACACUAUUACACCCGACAUGAUGAAUGUUUAUUGAUAGUGCCUCACGAGAGGAGACUAUGAUCAUCUUCAGAUGACACACGCAUGAAACGAAGAGAUCUAGUUGAUGAGGUCACCCUUGAACACUGGUUUGUGUCACAGGUUUAUAUAUGGUUUGAGGACUUUAUAAAAGGGAGUCCAACUGUCAUGAAUGGUGCUUGAGUUUCAUCCAUGAUUAUAUGACUAGGUGUAUGUGUGUCGGGUGUCGUGUGUCGUGUGUGUGUGUGUGUGUAAGAGAUACCGCAGCUGUUGUUGUUGUAAUACUAGCAGGUUGUCCUCACAUGUCCUCCUUACCUAUUCACAUACUUUUACACACACAUGUUCACAAGCUCUGCAUGUGUUUCAUGGUUUUAUGGUUAUUACGGUAAAUUAUGUGAAACUGAGAGACCGAUGGAGGGUGUAGUGUGGAGAGGGGGAGUCAGUAGGCUAUUGCCACAGUCCUUUAUUUCCAUCAUCAGUGGGCAUAUUGUACAGCCAAACACAUUACACAAACCCACUUACUGGCUUAUUUUUCACUGCCCAAGUACUUGACACAUUCCCCAGUGCUUUUCUCUCAAUGUUAAUACUAACAGUAGUUCUUUAGAAAUAAUUUGAAUUAACUGAUAGUUCUUUGUUUCUCUCCCUUCCUCCAGGUGUGGGGGGCAGUCAGGUUCUGGUGCCCCAGAAAGUGAGUGCUGUAUUGGGGAAGAACGUGACAUUGGGCUGUAGCGUGAAGGUGGAGGCCAACCUGAGUCUUACCCAGAGUUCCUGGGAGCGCCGGCUGCCCACAGGCUCGGUGACGGUGGCGGUGUACAACCCUGUGUUCGGUAUCUCCAUCCCCCCGGACUACGUUCGCCGCCUGUCCUUCCGCUCCCCCUCCUCCCAUGACGCCACCAUCGUGUUGGAGGACGUGGGCUUCGCAGACAUUGGAGUGUACACCUGCAAGGUGGCCACCUUCCCCCUGGGCAACACACAGGCUUCCACCACCGUCAGUGUGCUCGGUAAGAAUGUACGUGUGCGUGUCUAUGUCUCUGUGUACAACACACCUCUUGUAAGUGUAAUGUGUGUGUUUGUCUGGCUAAUAGUGUGCUUGUAAGAUUCUGAAAUGUAAUUCUGUAUCUUAGUAAAGUGCUUCUUGUAAAUUGAAUUAAUAAUGCAUACCAAUAUUCUGGGGGAGAGACAUCCUACUCACGUCACUGAGCUGGAAGGAGAGUGGUAAGUCAAACUGGAAGAGGAAAAAAGAGGAGGAGGAGGAGAGAGAGGAGGGAAGGAAGGUGGUGAGAACAAGAGAUUGGAAUAAGGGUUGGUCGAUGAAGUGGCAUUGCAGUGAGAAGAGUCAUGGAGAUUUGCUGUGGGGUAAACAGUAUGACAGUUGGGUACAGUUGAGAGAGUGAGAGGAGGGGUGAAGGAAUGGGAACGAGGGAGGGUUGUAGAGGAACAGGGUGCUAUAAUUAGAGCUAGAUAAAUGCGGUGGGCAAUAAGGCAUGCGGUGUGUGUGUGUAUGUGUGUGUGUUGCACAGUUGAAACAUCCCUCUAUUUUAAGGGAUCUCCUGGGAGGGGCUGGGGUUAGAUAGAUGGAUAGAUUUAUCAUUCCAGGCAAAGCCAUGGCUUACACACACAUACAUAUAUACACACACACACACUUUUGGAAAGAUUACAGGAAGUCCCUGAGCUGCUACUGCAUAGUAGGAAAGGGAGAAACUAGAGAGAUGGAGAGAGUGGCAGAGGUGGAAAGAAAGAGUGGUAGAAAGAAAGAAACAAGAGCUUGGUGAAUGACUGAAAGAGGGUGUGUGUUUGGAACCUCUCCCAGACUCAGGAACUCAACUCUACUUCCCUAGAGGGUAUUGGAACUCUGACUAAACAGUACAGCCCUUUCUCUCCAUAUCCUCUCUCUCGCUCUCUCUCUCUCUCUCUCUCUCUCUCUCUCUCUCUCUCUCUCUCAGUGGAGCCCAAGGUGUAUGUGUCGGCUGGCUCGGUGGCUCUGAUUGAUGAGGGCAAUGAGACGGUGGUGGCUACCUGCAUCGCUGAGCGGGCCCGACCCCCCGCCGAAGUAUCCUGGGAGACGGACCUGUUUGGCCAAUCAGAGGUGACGCUGCAGGACGAGGCCAACGGCACCACCAGCACCCAGGUGCACUACCUGUGGCAUCCCACCCGCCACAUCCAGGGUCAAGCCCUCACCUGUGUGGUGCGCCACCCCGCCCUGCACACAGACUUCAGGAUCCCCUACCAGCUCAACGUGCAGUGUGAGUGUGUGCGUGAUUACCCACAAGACUGCCUUUUUUGUUCACAAUCAUUCACAGAUUAGUCAUGUCUAUGAUGAUGGAAUUUCGACAGAUUUGAUUGAAAGAUUCAUGGAAUUUCACACCGUUUCUUGGGGGGGUGGGUGAGUUUUAUGCUUUUCCAGGUGCUAUACAUGUUAAUCCUUCUCUGUGUCGUGCCUCUGCAGACGCCCCAGACAUUGUGGUGGUAGGUUAUGAUGGUGACUGGCACGUGGGCCGCCAAAGCGUCCAGCUGACCUGCAAAGCCAAGGCAAACCCACCAGCCCACUACUUCAGAUGGAUCAGGUUUGUGAGCGUGUGUGCUCAUGUUUUUAUGUGUGCACACAUCUGUUCCCACUGCAGAUUGAACAUUGAACCAGUGUUUGUGUAUAAUUGUGUCCGUCUUUCAUUUUGUGUUAUUGUAUGUGUGUGUGUGCAUCCCAGACUGGACGGGGACAUGCCAGAGGGCGUGGAGAUGGUGAACAACACAUUGCUGUUUCUGAGGCCCCUCCAAAGGAAUGACUCUGGAGUCUACAGGUGUGAGGUUGCCAAUGACAUCAACCUACGCAGCAGGGACCUGCGGAUACGCAUACAAGGUGAGAGGGGAAACACUGCUGAAUAUGCACACAGCUUGCUAUUGCACACAUUCUCCCUGUCUUUCUUAGGGAGAACUUGAAACAUAUUCUGGCCUUGAAGCUUUCAGCAUAGAGAUAAUACCAUAGAGAUGAGUCAUGAUUUAUCUCUAUGGAUAAUACUGUCUCUGUGUCUUCAUGGCUCUCACUACUAAACACUUCACUCUCACUACUAAACUUUUUUAUGGUUUUGAAACAAUGCUAUACUUUUCCAAGGAUGAGUCACAUUUAAACACACACACAGAAACACACAUGGUGCAUCCAGCAUUUCGUCAUUCUAAACCCCAAUCCGUCUAAGCUUGAGGGUGUGUCAGUGUUUGAAUUGAAGCUAGCUGCCACGCUGUAUUAGUGCAGAUUAUUUCCGGUCCUCAGAUGUAAGAGUCUUAAUUGGGGCCUGAUUAGUCUUUUAUUAGGUCUCCAGAUGUUCAACAGGAGAGGAGAGCUCCCUGGUUCUCUGGCCAAACCCAUCUGCUCAUCCCUUAGACAUCACCCUCUCCGAUCACUAACUCACUCCUCCUCUGCUUUGUCGCCUUCUCCUCUGUUGUUCCCCUGGCCUGGCAUGUGUCUCGGUCUGUCUCUUCUGUGCAAUAUGAGCAUGAUGUCCCUCAGGUUUUGUUAACUCCCUCGGCCCAUAAACCUUUCCUCUCUUCCUGAAUGAAGCUUUCAGUAUGACUACCGUACAUCUCUCUCUCCCUCUCUCCAUCCCUCUUUUUUGUUACUCUUUUUCUCUUUCUCUCUCCCUCUUUCUCUCACUUGCUCUGUACUCUCUCCCUCUGUACUGUCUCUCUCGCUCUGUGUGUGUCACGCAGUGAAAGGCAGAAGCGUGCAGUCUUGACUGAGAGAUGAUGAUGAUGAUGUCCCAGAUUCAUAAAAUAUUCACCAACUCUUUUCAACUCUCAUUCAUUAUUUAUUAUUUAUACUUUUCCGUUUGAGAGGAGCUCUGUGGUUUUGUGCGUGGUGUGUGUUCUGUGUGCGCGCCUCUGGGUAAUGUGUUUCACUCUUGUGUGUGUGCACACCCACACGUUCGUGCAGUUUCUCCGCAUGGUGUCAGAAUGACGUCAUCCUGUUGGAUCUGAGAGUCUAUCUCUACAGACAUCUGACCUGGAACUAGGACUUGAGUGUUAUUUUAUGAUGCUGUUUUAACAACUUCACAACAUCAUUGAACACUUUUAGGGGAAACCUUUCGUACAUGUGCAGUCCUAACCCAAUAAUAACCACAACUAGGGUUGCAAAGGGAGGGUAUAUUACUGGAAACUUUCUGAGUUUACCAGUAACUACUAGAAUUUUGGUAUCUUUCAUGGAUUUUAUGUAAUCCAUCACAAGACAUCUAGUGGCCCUUUUGGGUACUUCAGAUUAUCACAGGUGUCUAAUUAUCUCUGGCCCUCUGUGUGGCCUUAUCAAAUGGAAUAAGAUUUAAAAAAUAAAAUAAUUUCAUGACAAAGCUGUAAAAUAUUAUCCUAAAUAAAAACCAUAAACUUAGUGAAUACAUUUGGUGUUUAAUAUGAGGGUUUCAGCAUUAAAUAUGUUUUUGUUUUACUCUGUAAGUAUGUAUUUGGUGGCAGUUGUGAAAAAGUAAAUAGUUGAAAGUAAUGCCAUUGUUGAUUAGAUGCUUUUUUUCAUUAAUUAGGCUAUUUUCUCUUGAACCAUAUGGUCUAUCUACUUGAAUCACACAGACAAUAUAUAAUUUUAAAAAAUUCAAUAAAGUUAUUCAAGGAUAAAAUACCAAAGUUAUGAUAGAUUGUCAUAUAUUUUCUGUUAAUUGCCAAAAUUACUGAAGAUUCCGGUAACUUUGGUAAAUUACCGUUAUCUUUGCAACCCGAACCACAACAAUUAAAUACAGGACUCAGCAAGUCCGGACAGAAAUACUAGCAGAUGGAAUAAGGAGAGCAGCAUGUCCCAUCUGUGAUACUAAGCUGUUGAUGAAAGGUGCUUGAUCAUGGUUAAUCUGGCCUAAAGAACAUUAUAGGGAGCAUGUGAAGAUCUGGAUCAAGUCAUUCACAGGGAGUGUCCAAAACACUUUUUCAAACUGACUGAAUUGUAAAGGAGUGAUUUGCCGUUUUGCCCAUCUCUUUUCACUGAACCACUCCCUGACAUCUUAGUAGUCCUUCCCAUCUCUCCAAGUCCCUAACAUUUUAGUAGUCCUUCCCAUCUCUCCAAGUCCCUAACAUUUUACUAGUCCUUCCCAUCUCUCCAAUCCCUGACAUCUUAGUAGUCCUUCCCAUCUCUCCAAUCCCUGACGUUUUAGUAGUCCUUCCCAUCUCUCCAAUCCCUGACGUUUUAGUAGUCCUUCCCAUCUCUCCAAUCCCUGACGUUUUAGUAGUCCUUCCCAUCUCUCCAAGUCUCUAACAUCUUAGUAGUCCUUCCCAUCUCUCCAAGUCCCUUCCAUUUUAGUAGUCCUUCCCAUCUCUCCAAGUCUCUAACAUCUUAGUAGUCCUUCCCAUCUCUCCAAGUCCCUUCCAUUUUAGUAGUCCUUCCCAUCUCUCCAAGUCUCUAACAUCUUAGUAGUCCUUCCCAUCUCUCCAAGUCCCUUCCAUUUUAGUAGUCCUUCCCAUCUCUCCAAGUCCCUAAAAUCUUAGUAGUCCUUCCCAUCUCUCCAAGUCCCUAAAAUCUUAGUAGUCCUUCCCAUCUCUCCAAGUCCCUAAAAUCUUAGUAGUCCUUCCCAUCUCUCCAAGUCUCUAACAUCUUAGUAGUCCUUCCCAUCUCUCCAAGUCCCUAAAAUCUUAGUAGUCCUUCCCAUCUCUCCAAGUCCCUUCCAUUUUAGUAGUCCUUCCCAUCUCUCCAAGUCCCUAAAAUCUUAGUAGUCCUUCCCAUCUCUCCAAGUCCCUAAAAUCUUAGUAGUCCUUCCCAUCUCUCCAAGUCCCUAAAAUCUUAGUAGUCCUUCCCAUCUCUCCAAGUCCCUAAAAUCUUAGUAGUCCUUCCCAUCUCUCCAAGUCCCUAAAAUCUUAGUAGUCCUUCCCAUCUCUCCAAGUCCCUAAAAUCUUAGUAGUCCUUCCCAUCUCUCCAAGUCCCUAACAUCUUAGUAGUCCUUCCUAUCUCUCCAAGUCCCUAACAUUGUAUUAGUCCUCCCCAUCUCUCCAAUCCCUAAUGUCUUAGUAGUCUUUCCCAUCUCUCCAAGUCCUUAACAUUAGUGCUGACUCUAUUCUAGACAACCCUUUCCUCCUACGUAUCAGUGCCUCAUGACAUUCUCAAUGACAAUUACAUGUUUCUCUUUAUUUUAAAUGCUCAACAUAAGCUCUCCAUAAAGCCUUCAUAAGCACGCAUAACAGGCACAUAAUAAUAAUUAAAGUGUUCAUCAGUUCAUUCGACCUGAUUUUAAUGGCGGUAGCUACAGUACGUCAUGUGAUUGUCCCUCUAAAACAGUAGAUCUGUGCAAUCCGGGACAAAUCUUCUCUUCCUUCUUGCAAAGAUUUACGGGGCAAGGAAAAUAGUGUUGAGUAUCCAUGACUAACAGUUGCCAGUGUGUAUGUCAUGCAGUGCCUCUAGUUGUCAGCCAGCAUUAUGUGGGCAUUAUGAACAGCUUAUACCACACCAAAUAAGGUUUUACAGACACUAACAAAAGCCAGUCAGCAUUGAGUUCAAUUCAUGAUUGUUUUAAGAAUUUGUUUUUGCUUUGUAGAGGACUUAGUUCCAAAUCACUCAUCUCUGGUUCCUAAACUAGUAACAUCUACAUCCCUCUGCCUUACAUUGCCUUUCCAUUGUUUUGUGAUUAGUGUAAUGCUCAGUCUCACGGUCUCUGGUUUGCUACAGAUCAGCCUACCACCCAUUUGGCUGUUAUAGGCUGCAUGUUUUUUAGGCUUUAUUGUCAUUUUGGAUACAUUACCUCAAUCCCAAGACACCAAAACUUAAUUUACCAGAACUAUACGUUUUAAAGGUAACUUCAAACCUCAAGUGGUCUGUCGAGAUCUAACAACAACAACAUACUUUGGUCAGAUAACAUGUCAAUGCAAACCUGAGGCUGUUAUGAGCAUGUUGUUUUAAAUGAGGAUUGUUUGUAGUUUUCUCAUGUCUACCUAUCCCCUUUCAGUAAUAUGAUGAUGUAGUUGGCAUUGACACUCUCUACUUUUCUGUCUGGCCAUCCCUCCCUGACCCUCUCCUUCCCCCCUAUCUCCUCCUCCCUGCCUCCCUCCAUUAGAUCCUCCCACCACCUCCAUGCCCUCCACCACCCCUGCGCCUGUCCUUACUGGCUCUGCCUCCUCCUCCUCCUCCACCUCUGUGGGAGACAAGCGACGGGUCCUCUUCACUUCCCCCACCCUGGCAGCCCUGCCCCCAGCCAACCAACUGGGCACCAUCGUGAGCGGAGCUGUGGGCGGAGCCUUGUUCCUCCUGCUGCUGCUAGUGCUGGGCGGGGUCUGUUACCUCCGACAACGACAGACCUUCCGCGGGGACUACUACACCAAGCAGUACCUAGGGCCUUCAGACAUGCAGAAGGCUCCUCCACAGCACGAGCUCCACCCCACCAAGCCUGCCAAUAACGUUUACUUUGACAAGGACCGCGAGGAGUGGGGCGACUGCGAACGCAUCCACGAGCGGGACCGCGAGCGCCUCCACCUGCAUCCAACAUCAACAACCAUCAUGAACAACCACAACCACAGAGAGCCAGAGCGCCAGGCCAAUGGCCGCACUAGGGUGAUGAGGAAUGGAGAACACCAUGACCACGACCACCUGCGUAGCUACUCCAGCCCCCACCAGACAGGCCAUGCCAGAUACGCUGCCCCGCCACACCCGCUGAGCAACGGCUCCCCCUACCUAUCGGAUGACUGCUGUGACAGCGGGGCCGAGGGGGACUAUGUCUCCCAUACGGAUGGCUCAGUGAUCUCACGCAGGGAGUGGUACGUCUGA